AUGUUAAAAAUUAAAAAAGAUUUUAGUGUGGCAUUUUUAUUGAGUACAACGGCAAAAAAGCAUGGUUCUACUGGUAAUAAUAAUAAUAAUAAUUGUGAAGACGAUUUUUCCUGUCAUUCAAAUGAAACAUCACCCCCAUCGAGCGUCAAAAGUUCAUCAACAUCAUCUGUACAUAAUUUUGAUAAUUCAAUUAAUGCAACGUGGAAUCAUUCGACGUUAUGGACAAUGUCAGAUCAAAAUGCUUCUAAACUAAGUUCAAAAGUUUGUCCAUUACGAAAACACAAAAGUAAUCGAAAACCACGGACACCAUUCACCACGUCACAACUGUUAGCAUUAGAAAAAAAAUUUCGUGAAAGACAGUAUCUAUCGAUUACUGAACGUGCUGAAUUUUCAACGUCUUUAAGUUUAACCGAAACACAAGUGAAAAUUUGGUUUCAAAAUCGUCGUGCAAAAGAAAAACGUUUAGCCGAAGCUGAAAUUGAAAAAUUUCGUUUUAUUCAAAUAGAAGGGCGUUUAGCACAACAAUAUGAUUUAGCAGCACACAACCAUUAUCAUAAUAAUUCAAUAACUGCAGCACAUUUUCAAGAUUUUAUAUCAUCAAAUACUUUUUGA